UCUCUUCCUUCUGCACAGCUGGGUCAGACAGGAGACGCCAUGCCCCCCAGCCUCACAGCCUUGUUGUGCCUUGGGCUGAUCGUGCACCUGAGGACCCCAGUGCAGGCAGGGACCCUCCCCAAACCCACCCUCUGGGCUGAGCCAGGCCCUGUGGCCCUGUUGCGGAGCUCUGUGACUAUCUGGUGUCAGGGGAUCCUGCAGGCCCAGGAGUUCCGUCUGGAUAAAGAGGGAAGCCCACAGCCCUGGAGCAGACAGGAGCCACCUCAUCCAGGGGACAAGGUCAACUUCUCCAUCACACACAUGACAGAGUAUGAUGCAGGGAAAUAUCACUGCUCCUAUCUCAGCCCCACUGGCUGGUCAGAGUGCAGUGACCCCCUGGAGCUGGUGCUAAAAGGAUCCUACAGCAAACCCAGCCUCUCAGCCCUGCCCAGCCCUGUUGUGACCUCAGGAGGGAACGUGACCCUCCAGUGUGGCUCUGGACAAGGAUUUGACAGGUUCAUUCUGACUAAGGAAGGAGAAAACAGGCUCUCCGGGACCCUGGACUCAAAGCGACAGCCCAGUGGGCAGGUCCAGGCCCUGUUCCCUGUGGGCCCUGUGACCCCCAGCCGCUGGUGGACAUUCAGAUGCUAUGGCUGUUACAGGAACAGAUCCCAGGUGUGCUCACUCCCCAGUAACGACCUCAAGCUCCUGGUGUCAGGUGGCUCAGGGAAGCCCUCCCUCCUGACCCAGCAGGGCCCCAUUGUGGUCUCUAGACAGAACCUGACCCUCCAGUGUCAUUCUGACAUCGGCUAUGACAGAUUCGUUCUGUCCAAGGACGGGGGACAGGACCUUCAUCAGAGCUCUGUCCUGCAGCCCCAGGCUGGGCUCCCUCAGGCUAAUUUCCCCCUGGGCACUGUGAAUAGUACCCAUGGGGGCACAUACAGGUGCUAUGGUGGACACAGCCUCUCUUCUGAGUGGUCACGCCCCAGUGACCCUCUGGACAUCCUGGUGGUAGGAUGGCUCCCUGACAAACCCUCCCUCUCAGUGCAUCCAGGCCCAUCAGUGGCCUCAGGAGAGAAGGUGACCCUGCUGUGUCAGUCAAGGAGCUGGAGAGACACUUUUUUUCUGUCCAAGGAGGGGGCAGCUGAUCCCCCUCUGAGACUCAGAUCACAGUCCCGAGCUGGGCAGCACCAGGCAGAAUUCUCCAUAGGCCCUGUGAUCUCAGCCCAUGGAGGGACCUACAGGUGCUACAGUGCAAACCACAGCAGCCCCUACCUGUUGUCACAGCCCAGUGAGCCCCUAGAGCUCCUGAUCUCAGGAGGUCUCCAACAGUCCCUGAAUGUCCUGAUUGGGGUCUCAGUGGCCCUCAUCUUGCUGCUUUCCCUCCUCCUCUUCCUCUUCCUCCGACAUUGGCGUCAGAGCAAAGGCAGGACAUUGGAUGCUGCCAUGAAGGAUCCACAGCCCAGGGAGAAGGUGGUGCUGGACCCUCAGGCUGCUGCAUCUGCUGCCCCCCAGGAUGUGACCUACGCCCAGCUGAGCCUCAUGACCCUCAGACAGGAGACAAGGACACCCCCUUCCUUCCCAUCAGGGAAGCCCCCAGAUAAGCCCAGUGUGUAUGCUGCUCUGGCCAUCCACUAGCCCAGGGAGUACCUGGACCCCCCACUCCAUGGAGGGGGCCUGCAGGGACCCCAGAAGGUACAGAUAUGCCCCCAAGGAUUCUCAGCUAGUGGCCCCAAGCAGCCUGGACAACCGAUAUGGACCCCCAGCAGCUUCUGGGACCCUCUGGAAGUCCCCUGAUUCUGCAAUUAGAAAUAACUAACAUCCAUACACUUUGGAAUCAAAGAAACAAAAUUCUCAAGCAUCAAUGUGUGAAUUUAGACCCAAAAUGGAAGUGAGAGAAUGCUUUCAAUGAAUGAUAGUGUAAAUACUACACAUUAAACCUACAAAAUGGAACAUUAACAACCGUGAAUGAACAUCUUAGAAAAGAAAAAAGCAAAGACAUAGAAACCACCUAAGUGUCCUCUCACACAUGCUGACAUAAAGGUGUGGCAACCUGUGUGAUAGAGUGUCACUCGGCCACAGAGAUGAAAUCCUGUCAGUGUGGUGACACAGAGGCGUUGUGAGUGUGUCCUGUUACAUGGGGUAAGUCAGACCCCACAGCACAACGACGGUACGACUUCACUCAUAUGUGGGUGAAAUGUGAAACUCUGCAUUGUUGUAUGUAUUAACUAUAUAGAACUUGUAAUUAAAA